AUGGUUGACGAACUACCUGAGUUUUUACGAAUAUGCCACGUUAACUGUCAAUCUUUAACUGCUCAUCUCGACGAGUUCCGCGACUAUUUCGGUGACUCAGGCUUUCAUGUCAUAUGCCUGUCUGAGACUUGGCUGAGGCCUGCCUUCUCAGACAGUUUUGUGUCCCUCCGCGGGUAUCAAAUCUUCAGAUGUGACAGGCAGGGCAGGUGUGGGGGCGGAGUCGCAUUUUAUAUAUCUAACUCUCUUCAAGCCAAUAUACUACGGCACUCGGAGGGUGAUGGUAAACCGGAAUAUCUUAUCGCCAAAAUCUCCGUCAGUAAUACUUCGAAGAUUCUUUUAGCAGUGGUCUAUCGACCUCCCCAUUGCGGAUACCUUCAAGAGUUCCUGGACACUUUCAUUGAUCUCUCUGUUACUUAUAAACACCUUAUAAUCUUUGGCGACUUCAACGCUGAUCUGUGCACCACCACCUUCGACUCGGCUCAGAUCAUGUCUUUCAUUGAAACCACAAACCUGUACUUAGUUCCAUACACCCCGACGCAUCACACUCGUUCGUCUUCCACGUCUCUUGAUUUAUGCGUCAUUGACGAUGCCGAUAAAUUGAUCUCAUAUGAACAAAGCGAUGUAUGUUUCCUGUCUGCUCACGAUCUUAUCAGCAUUAGUUACAGGGUAAAAGUUGCGCGACGCGGUAGUUGCAGUAUUAAGGUGCGAGACUUUCGUUCUUUCGAUAUUGAUAAUUUUCUGAUUGACUUAGAAGGAUACGACUGGGGAGCGCUGUAUCAGGUAGAUGACGUUGACAGCAAAGUUAUGUUACUAAAUACUGCUCUUACCGAAUGCUAUGAUAGGCACGCGCCUCUACGUGAUAUCCAGCCUAAGCACUUGCCGGCCUCUUGGCUUACGCCUGAUGUCAGAUGUGCGAUGCGAAGCAGAGACCGGGCGAGAAGGGUCAGGAGAAGGCACAAGACCGAUGCCAACUACAAAAGGUACAAGACUUUGAGAAACCAAGCCCAGGCUAUGGUACGUUCCGCUAAGAAAGAAUAUUACCUGAAUGCCUUCCGGGAUGGGAGCGAAUCGACUACAAUUUGGAGACAACUCAGACAUCUUGGACUCCUUAAAGCGAAGAACGCUGAUAAGAAUCUUAUCUUCACUUUAGACGAACUAAAUGAAUUCUUUUCCAGUGUCACAGCAGGCAUAGAUGGAUAG